AUGACGACAACAAUAAAUAAUAAUAAUCACAAUGAAAAUAAUACUUCUACAGCAUUAGCAACAGCAUCAACAGUCGAUACUACUUUAGUUCCUAAAUUGGUUAUAGACGAUUUGGAUAAUAUAUUAUUACCGAUUGGUGGUGGGAGUAGAGUUAAAUACACAUGUUUAGAUGUAUCAAAGAGAUAUUUAGCCUUGGGUGCGACUACAGGUAGUCUAUACUUUUUUGAAAGAAAAUCAGCAUCUUCAAUUUUUACAAAUAAGAAACAGAUAUUGGAGCAUUUUCAAAAUCAUCAACAUGCAUUCAAGGUGUUUACCAACGAUAAUAUAUCAUUCACCCAAAUUUUAUCAUUAAAUGAUAUCAGAGAUCAAAUAUCGAUUAUUAAAAUCAAUCCAAUAAAUGAUAAUUUGGUGGCAGUUGCAACAUUAAGAACAUUGUAUAUUAUAGAGUCAAAUAUAUCUAAAAGUAGAGAGAAAGAAAAGAUUUUAGCAAAAAUGACUGAUCAUCCAAAAGAUUCUGAAAUCACAUCUAUUAUAUGGAGUCGUUGUGGUAACUAUUUAUUCAGCGGUGAUGACUCGGGAAACAUUUUUUGUUGCUCGGUCGUAAAGGCUAGAAAGGCAUUCUUUUUCAGUGGUGAAUUGGUAUAUAAAUGUGAUAGCAAAAUUGUACAAUUAGAUAUCAUCCCAACUAUAUCCAUCAGUAAUGGUAACAGUCAACCACACUCAACAUUAGAUAGUCAGUUAAACCAACACAACCAACCAUCCAAUCAAAAUAUAGUUAUAACAACACCUUUACCAACUCCUGUUCACGUGCAAUCUAUAAAUGUUAGUAUUCUAUCAAGUACUCUAACAAAGUCAAUGGUUUUAAACUAUCAAAUUCUUACAUCAACAAACUCUGGUAAAUUGCAAUCAACAACGCAAAUAGGUAAAAAAUUACGUGAAAAUACUAAACAAGGUGCAUGUUUUCAUCCAUUUUACAAGGGCUCUGUGUAUACUUCAAGACCAGGAAAGAGAUUAUGGUUAGCCGACCCAAUUGAUGGAAAAGUUUUAUCAACUAUGAAUUUCACCCCUUCCGAAGAUGGAGUAAUAGUUAAACCCAAACCAUUGAUAACUUCAGCAAACGCCGAUGCUGACCACUAUCUUCAAGGUAAAUUUCCAAUGAUAUUUUCAAAACUAUUACCAUUUGGUAACUACUUGGUCUCUUAUGAUGACUACUCAUUGCUUUUAAUCGAUGUAAACGAAGUUGAAGUAUUGGAAUGGAAAUUGGACCAAAGCCACAUUCACGAUUUAGUAGUUUAUCAAGAUUCCAUAUAUGUACUUCAUGGCCAACAAAGAUCAAUAUCCAGAAUUUUUACAUCAAUUCCAAUUAUAAUUUUACCUCCAGACGAACAAAAAGAAGAAGAGAAUGAAUCAAAUUUAGAAAACCAAAAUGAAAAUAAUGAAGAGAAUAAACCAAUUAUUGAACAACCUCAAAUUAUAGCAGAACCAGCUCCAGAAAUAGAAAAAGUAUUGGUUGAGGAAAAUAAUAUUAUUAUUGAAUCGCCAUCAUCAUCAGCAUCAACAUCAUUAAACAAUAGUAUUGAGCCAGAGUUUUUAAAGAAAGAUGAAGAAGCAAAUUUAAUGGUUAAAAAUAAUAGUUUAUCAAAUUUAAGUGAAAGUUUAAGUGAAAAUGAUAUAACAUUAACAGAUUCCCUUUCAAAUAGCACAGAAGAGACAAUUAAUCAUAAUCCAGUUCCUCAACAAACUAUAUUAAAAUUUUCAAAUGACUCAGAUAUUAAAAAAAAUGAACAACCAUUAUCUGCACCUAUACAAAUAACUAGCACAAAUACUACUGUAGUAGAGUCAUCUUUAUCAACUUCACCAACAUCAACCAUUGAAGAACAACCACAGGUUAAAAAAACUCAAAAGGAAUCUAUUUUUUCAGAUAUUCCAUUAUCAUCAGAACCAUUAAUUUCUAAAGAGCCAACUUUGAGUGUACCUAGAAAAGUUAUAAAGAAAAAAAUUAAAGUUCAACCUCCAGCUUCGUCUACUGCACCAUCUCAACCACCAGCAACUACUGUAAAUAAACCAUCAGCAACAAAUGAAAAUUCAACAGCAACAACAAAUGAAGAAGGUACAACUAAAAGAACUGUUAUUAUUAAAAAGAAAAUUGUAAAGAAAGCUCCAUCAAGUGUUGUUAGCUCACCACCAAUUGGUACAACUCCAGUAUCACCAGUUAAUACCAGUGAACCUGUUGUUACAAUACCACAACCCACACCAGUAGUAGCCAUACAGCCAGAUGCAAAUAUAGAUCAACAAGCAGUAAUAACCUCAACAACAGCAAAUCUUAACGCAACCACACAAAAUUUUGUUCAACAGGGCAAAGAAGGAAUUUUCAAAACUUUAAAUUCUGCAACAUCAUCAUUAUUAGAGAUUAAACAAUUUGCAUUAAAUAAAACCAACGAUAUAACACAUAAAUUUGCUGGAGCAAUAGGUACAACAACAUCAACAGGUAUAAAUAAUACUAAUGGUUUAGUAGCUACAAAUAUAACACCAGUAGAGGAUUCAGCUUCACCACCUCCAGCUAUUAAUAUUCAUCCACUAGAAGCAUUAGAUAAUUUAACAAAGAAAACCUAUGAAUCACUAUUAUCAUUCAAAGAAAAUAAAAACAAAGAGUCAUUUGAAGUCAUUCUAUCUAUUUGGGCUCAUUUAUUCAACUCUAUUGAAGAUGUACCAGCUAACGAAAUGAUUAAAGAAAUUGUUACAAGUUGUUUUAUUAUGGGUAUCAAUUUGAAUCAAUGUAAAGAGACAGAGUCAUCAAAACACCAGCUUUGCAAAUGUUGGGAUGAAUCUAUUGCUAAAGAGUUUAUUAAAUCAUACUUUAACUUUUUACACACCAACAAAAUUUAUAUCAACACCAACGAAAAACAAUGGGAUAGCUGUAUAGAAACUCUUUUAGAACUCGAGUCCUUCACCAAGCAAGAGUCAAAGAUCAUUUCAACUAUUUAUCAAUUUUUAGACACAAAUGACUCUUCCACAUGUCUCAGUCUACUUGAUAGUCAUUUAAAUGACUAUGGUUUACUAUUUAGAUUUAUUGACCCAUUAUUACAAAUGUCACCAAAAGAAGCAUCUAUAUUCUUUGCAAAACAAUAUCCAGUUAUCUUACCAAGAAAUAUUUUCCAAUUUAUUAAUAACAAUCAACAACAACAAGAUACCAACUCCACAACAGCAUUAACCAAUAUAAUUAAAUUCGAAUAUUUAAAUCAACUAAUGAAUAGUAAACCAGAAUGUAAAUUAAAUUCAAAUUUAUUAAUUGAAUGGUUUGACUGUACUUUACAACAUGAUAAACCAGAUAGUAAUCAAUUAUUCCUCAGUCUAGAUAAUGGUGAACGUAUGGUACCAAGAUUGGGGUCAUUUAAAGUUGAGUGGAAGUCAUCAAGCGCAAUUUUACUUCAAAUUAUAGAGAACACAAUUAGCCCCAGUGGCCAAUACAAUGGUGAUAUUAAAUACUUUGAAGAGCAAUGCAAGAAAGAAGGUUUUUUCCAAGGUUUAUACCACAUAUAUUCAUAUUAUAACAAGAUAUAUUCACUUAAAUCAGUAUUAUACAACGAAGAACUCUUGAUAGAAUACUCGAAGAAAUUAGUAGAGUUGACAGUAUAUUGCGAUAACAAACAGGGCUUUCUUCAAUUGUUCGAAACCAAUACAAAUAUUGAAAUUUGGUCGUUUACUCUAGAAACUAUGAAGUCUUUACGUAAUUUUGUCGAUAAAGAAUUUGAAUACUAUGACGAAUCAAAUAAAAUCGUUUUGGACAUCUCUGAAUCAUUUAUCAUCGAACUAAUGGGUAAAGCUAUAGGUCCACUCGAAACCAUAGAGCUAAUUUGUAAAUAUAAUAAUAAUGAAAUGUUUGAAAAGAAUAAAAUUUCAACUGGUAUCCUAAGUGACUGGAUUAAUUUUGGUAAAUGGUCGUUAUACAAUCGUUCGAAACUUUCAUAUGACAUUUUAUCAAAUUUAGAUAGUCAUUUAUGGUUAAAAAAACCUUUAACUUUAUCCCCCCAAAUCCUAUCAAUUUUAACAAAAGAAAUAAAUUUAAACCAAGAUAAUAAUAAUAAUAACCAACAUAACAAUAAUAAUAGUUUAAAAAACUUAAAGAACAACAUUGGUCAAUUCGAUUUUAGCCUCCCACAAUUUUUUGAAGAUAACUCAAGAAGACAUUGGGGUGUUGAAACAGAAUUACAAACCGGAAUUUGUCAAAUAUGCACAUUACCUUUAGCAGAAAAUCCAGAAUCAAGUUUUUUAGGUUCAACUCCUGCUACUAUUAUAGUUUUUCCAAAUUGUGGUCAUUCCUAUCAUCAUUGUUGUAUAGAAGAACAAACCUGUAUGUUAUGUUUCUCAAAAAAUAAAUAA